AAGGUCGCAUAUCCGAUCAAAGAGAGAAAAAACUAUGGCAACGGCGUCUCCUCCAUUUAUCUCAUCUCUCAACUUCACUUGUACUUCUUUCAAAACCAGUCUCACUUCUUCGUCUUCUACUUCUUCUUCGUCUGCUUCUUUUUCAUUUACUACGAAGCAUCUUCGGCCCCUUUUGAGUCUUUCCGCUAAAGCUUCCAGAAAGCAAGUAGAGAUAGUGUUUGAUCCUGACGAGAGGCUUAAUAAGAUAGGCGAUGAUGUUGACAAAGAAGCUCCUUUAUCAAGGCUUACGCUCUUCUCACCUUGCAAGAUCAAUGUCUUCUUGAGGAUAACCGGCAAGCGGGAAGAUGGUUUUCAUGAUUUAGCCUCUUUGUUUCAUGUGAUUAGCUUAGGUGACACAAUUAAAUUCUCGUUGUCACCAUCGAAAUCCAAAGAUCGUCUCUCUACCAACGUAGCUGGAGUCCCUGUCGAUGCGAGAAAUCUGAUUAUAAAAGCACUAAACCUUUACAGGAAGAAAACUGGUAGUAACAAGUUCUUCUGGGUAAAAGAAACACUAGACAACAAUAUUCAUCUAGACAAGAAGGUGCCUACAGGGGCUGGACUCGGUGGUGGAAGUGGUAAUGCUGCAACGGCACUCUGGGCGGCAAAUCAGUUCAAUGGAGGUGUUGCCACUGAGAAGGAACUCCAAGAUUGGUCAAGUGAAAUUGGGUCAGAUAUUCCAUUUUUCUUCUCACAUGGAGCUGCAUAUUGUACAGGAAGAGGUGAGAUUGUCCAAGACCUUCCUUCUCCUUUUCCUCUUGAUCUUCCCAUGGUGCUCAUAAAGCCACGAGAAGCAUGUUCCACUGCUGAAGUUUACAAACGUCUUCGUCUAGAUCAGACGAGCAACAUUGAUCCCUUGACUUUACUGGAGAAUGUCACCAGCAAUGGUGUUUCUCAAAGCAUUUGCGUAAACGAUUUGGAACUGCCAGCAUUUCAAGUUCUUCCAUCUCUUAGACGCUUGAAGCAACGUAUAAUAGCAUCUGGUCGUGGGGAAUAUGAUGCCGUCUUUAUGUCCGGGAGUGGAAGCACCAUUGUUGGUAUCGGUUCACCAGAUCCUCCGCAGUUUAUAUAUGACGAUGAAGCAUACAAGAAUGUAUUCUUGUCUGAAGCAAACUUUAUGACUCGGGAGGAUAAUGAAUGGUACAAAGAGCCUGCUUCUGCAACUGCUACAACCUCAUCCUCUGACUCUCGCCUGGAGAUUUCCAAUGAGAUGUAACAAAUUUCAGGCCAAAUAGUCUUUUUCUGUAUUGGUAGAGACUUCAUUGUUUGAGAGAUUUUGAUUUGUAUGCUCUUGACAUAAAUUCAAAGUUAAAGAGGAAAAGACAUAUUCACGAAUAAUAAACCAAACAGAGAAGUCAUGAAACCAUUUUUUCUGUGUUU